AUGUUGAACACUAUAAUCAAAGAUGCUCAACCGGCAAAGCGAAAGCUGGCGGAUCUUCUCGACGAAGCAAAAGCAGUGAACUUAACGCCUCCUGAUCAACAUUUAUCGGUGGAUAAAAAGCAGCAACAAUUUGAACUCAAGAGAAGGACUAUAGAAGAAAAAAUAAGGCGUCUAAAAGUCUAUGUUGGUACACUCGGAUCAAUCAACGAAAAAGCAACCAAGUCGGAGGAUGCAGUUGAUGGAGAUGUAAGGCUCAAACUGAUCAUGGAGCUAAGUGGCUGCUUGUUCGGUAUCGAGUUGAGUGAUUGA